CGAGUUACGGGAAGUCGAGACUCUCCGGGGACACUGUCACCCUUGUCCUACUGUUAUUUGCUUUGUAGAUCACAUUUACCUCCAAGGCGUUUCCUUCUCGGGCCCUUCAUAUCCCUCGCAAUGGCGGCCUCGGCCGUGGCAUAUAAGGACCGGCAGUUUCUUGCCGUUAUCGGAGAUGAAGACUCGGUAACGGGACUUCUUCUCGCAGGUGUCGGUCAUGUCACAGAUCCCCCCGACUCCCAACGGAAUUUUCUCGUGGUAGAUUCCAAGACCGAAACGUCUACGAUCGAAAAAGCGUUCCAAAACUUUACUCAAGAAAGAAAAGACAUUGCUAUUGUCCUCAUCAAUCAACACAUUGCAGAGCGCAUCCGACACAGUGUUGAUUCCUUCGCCGACGCAUUCCCUGCCGUUCUAGAAAUCCCAAGCAAGGACCACCCAUACGACCCCGAGAAGGAUAGCGUUCUCAAGCGGGUGCGACGGUUGUUUGGAGAAUAGAUACGGGGUGCCUCAUUUUCCGUUUUCUCUGAUCUCAUCGUGUGGUCAAGUUCUAAGUGGUUGUGGCAUAAUGGAUGUGUGCAAAGGGAUGAUACCCAGUUUAUUCAAGAGUUACGCAUGUAGAACUCUUAGAUGCUUACCGUUCUUUAUAUGGUACAGAAUGGGCUUCAAUCUGAUAACCCAGUCGGAGUGACUUUCUCGCAGAAGAAGUUUUAUUUUGUGGU